UCCAAUCCUUCGAAUCCCUCGAAUCUCCUCCCGUGCACGAAAAGGCGGGCCAUGUAACCGCACCCGCGUACCGCCCUUCCAAGCUCUUCCAUCUUCGAGCUACACAAUACAAUUGAAGCAUUCAACGUGGCUUAUGUGCCAAUUCAUCACAGUCAACUUGUUCUAAGUUUUGAGAUCGUCAUAUAUACCACGUGGGAUCCACACUAAAGCCCGACCUUCGGUCCUCGAGAGAGCUAUUUCGAUUUCCAUUCCGAAUCACUAAAUAAUAUCGAUACACACUCUUCUCAAUGCGGCCACAACGCGAAUACCAUAUUGUUGUUUUGGGUGCUGGAGGUGUUGGAAAAAGUUGCUUAACAGCCCAAUUCGUUCAAAAUGUCUGGAUCGAAAGCUACGACCCCACGAUCGAGGAUUCAUACCGGAAACAGAUUGAGGUAGACGGUCGACAAUGUAUACUGGAGAUUCUUGACACUGCAGGAACAGAGCAGUUCACGGCAAUGAGAGAGCUCUACAUGAAACAAGGCCAGGGCUUCCUCCUCGUCUUCUCCAUCACCAGCAUGUCCUCCCUAAAUGAACUCUCCGAGCUCCGCGAACAAAUCAUCCGAAUCAAAGACGACGAGAACGUCCCAAUCGUGAUCGUGGGUAACAAAUCCGACCUGGAAGAAGACCGCGCCGUACCACGUGCUCGCGCCUUUGGCCUAUCCCAGAAAUGGGGUAACGCCCCAUACUACGAGACAUCUGCCCGCCGCCGCGCAAACGUCAACGAAGUCUUCGUCGAUCUGUGUCGCCAAAUCAUCCGUAAAGACUCCGAGGGGUCAAGGAAUAGCAACGAUCCCAACCGCAAGCGCGAGGGCCCCAAUCGUCAUGACCGCAAGAGAGAGAAUCGCCGGCCGAAAAAUCGCCGCGGUCCGUGUAUCAUCCUUUGA